GAACUCAAUGACGCGUUUUCAAUUCUUCGAAAAAUUAUUCCGUCAAUGCCUUCUGACAAAAUGAGCAAAAUUCAUACAUUACGGAUUGCGUCUGAUUAUAUAAGAUUUCUAGAUCAGAUGAAACGAGACGAUUGUAAAUUAUUCGGAGUAGAUAUAUUUGAUGAAAAAGGUGGCUACGGCCUUCAAACCUCAUUCAACAUCUGGAGAGGAAGUCAUGGUCUCACGCAAAGCAGCGCUAUCAAUGAAGAAGGAUGUUACUCAGAUACACCCGGUUUAAUGCCACCAAUGGGUAUGCCAACGUCAAUGCCAUGUCCUAUUCCACAUGUGAACUAUUAUAUGGGUGGUUAUGUAAUGAAAGCAGCCGCUACUACAAGUAAGCGCGAGCAUUAG